AUGCCUGAUGGGCAGCAGGGACACUUUCUAAAGCAGUCAGGGCAAAGAGGAACACGUCACAACACGGCGCGCGUGUGUUAGAGCAGGAAACGCUGAGAUGUCAGUCGUACAGCGCGUGGACGUCUCCCUGAGCAGUGAAAUGACGUCAUGUUUGCAGCAGUCGGUUGAGGUUUGAAAAAAGGAAACGUGUUCAUGCCGAGCAGCUGUUUUCUCUGCUCACGGACACUGGGCUGUGACGUGGGUUCAUUCGGUGGUCACAGAGUCAGAUGCAGUUCAUGUGGGAGCCACAGGAGGGCGUGGUAACGCAUAGAAAUGAAGUGUAGCAAACCCUGAGGACACGGUGUCACGUCUGCUCGGGAGCUUCCGUACUGCGCAUGCUCUGUGUGACACAGUUAGCGUCCCGUUACCAUAGGAACGUGUCAGCUAAACUCCGCAGGACACGGAGCAAAACUCAGAAUCAAAUCUUCACGCCUGCUUUGAUCUUCAUCCUCUGACAGGAAGCAUGUCAUCAUCACCGAGGGUGGGUGUGGUCAGACGCUCGAUGCUGACCGACCCGCUGCUAAUCAAGGCGCCUCUUGGGCGCUCGCGGUCCAAAGGUUUUGCCGUUCCUGGUCCGGACUUCACUUUUGGAACCAGCAGUAACUGGCUGAGGGAUGGAGGCGUGGCGGAAGCUCUUUCCAGUUGGAACGUUCAGCCGCGGCAGGAAGAAUCUGCCGCUCAGCAUGCAGACUUUGUGUCUCUGAACCGCGAGGCGGUGAAGUCUGGCAUGGUGACGCCCAAAGAGCUGAGUCAGUACCGGGCUCAGAGGGCCCAGAGCUCCGCCUCCAAACUGCGGCACGGUCGGCUUCCACGAUGCCGCGAUCAGGUUCCUGACAUCACGUUUGGAGUCAGAAACAGGCCGUCGUCUCCGAUGUCAGAUGUCCUGUCUCAUCAGUAUGCUCAGCGCUGGCUCCAUGAUCAGCUGAAGAAUCAAACCAACAACCUCAAAUGCAAGACGAAACCAGGGUGUAUUCCUGACACGAGGACCAGCUUCCAGAGGUUGUCCAUUGUGCACAAACUGGCCGAUCUCACCCCGACCCAGCGUCUCACCUGUCGGAUCCAAGGUUUUGGGCCCGUGGGCGUCCUCUUACCCGUCACCUGUGCUCUGUCAGCUCUUUCCAGUUGGAACGUUCAGCCGCGGCAGGAAGAAUCUGCCGCUCAGCAUGCAGACUUUGUGUCUCUGAACCGCGAGGCGGUGAAGUCUGGCAUGGUGACGCCCAAAGAGCUGAGUCAGUACCGGGCUCAGAGGGCCCAGAGCUCCGCCUCCAAACUGCGGCACGGUCGGCUUCCACGAUGCCGCGAUCAGGUUCCUGACAUCACGUUUGGAGUCAGAAACAGGCCGUCGUCUCCGAUGUCAGAUGUCCUGUCUCAUCAGUAUGCUCAGCGCUGGCUCCAUGAUCAGCUGAAGAAUCAAACCAACAACCUCAAAUGCAAGACGAAACCAGGGUGUAUUCCUGACACGAGGACCAGCCUGCUGAGGAGGAGUAAAUCUCUGCCGGUCAUAGAAACACCACCCAAACCAGCUCGCUUUGCACAGGUCGGUCCGGCUCUCGACACCUUCAGGGACCAGGAGACUCGUGUGCGGGCGUUUGGGGCUCGUCGCUCCAGCUCUCAAACCCAGCGCUCAGUUCUGAGGACCGCCCGUCAUGAAGAACCUGGUGGAAAACGGGCGGAGCCACUCUGAGGAUGUUUUCAGACAAAUGCAAAUAAAAGAUGAAAAGUUCUCACAGCAAACUACAUGUGGUGAGAGAGGAGUCCCCCAGGGCUCUGUGCUGGGGCCCGUUCUGUUCUCCUUAGAAGUCAAUGCUGAUGAUACUUUUCUGUUUCCAGAUAACUUGAAUAAAAUGUUGAGCUGUU